AUCCUCACUCCACCCGCCUCCACACUUCCAGCAACAUCACUGUAUCGAUUUUCGCUAAUAAUCCUUCUUCUCGCCGGAUCGUAGAACUGCAAAUACCCCCCUAGGACCAUCUGAACAAUGGCAAACCUCAUCGAUGCCGAUGCCGGCACCGAACGCUUCGGCAGCUAUGAAGCUGAGCUCAAGCUAGUGCAAGCCGAUUUGAACCAGCAGCUAGAUGAGAUACCAGAGCUCUCUGGCGAGCCUCGAAAAGCGUCCAUAAGGAAGGCAGAGAGGGCGCUGGAAGAGGCAAAGGAACUGCUUGGACAAAUGCGCAUCGAAAUGCCCAACAUUCCAGCAACCUCGAAAUCUAAGUCGAAGCAACGGCUUCGCAAUUUCGAGUCCGACGUUGAUGGCGCAGAGCGCAAACUCAAAUCUCUUGCCGAUGACCGCCACGCACUCUUUGGCUCGCGCUACACCGAUAACCCAACUACCGACGACCAGCUCGAGCAGCGUCAGCAACUGCUUUCAGGCACCGAGAGACUUGGCAGGUCAUCCGGCAGAAUUAGAGAGAGUCAAAGAAUUGCUCUGGAGACAGAGGAGAUUGGACGGAAUACGCUGGGCGACCUGCACACACAAAGAGAGCAGAUUACGCGGACGAGGGAGACGCUGUUGGCGAGCGAGGGGUACACUGACCGGAGCAUCAAAACACUCAGGGGAAUGGCGCGAAGGAUGGCUACGAAUCGGAUUAUCACGAUUGCGAUCAUCACAGUCCUUGUCUUGCUUAUUAUUGCGGUUAUCUUUAGCAAGUUUAGGCGAUAGAUGUACAUUGAUACUCCUUGGGUUAGGCUCGGCGUCUGGAGAAACUGUACAAGAUAACUUUAAUGGAUUGGGG